AUGGAAAAUACAAGCUGCUGCAUUUACACUUUUUCCCCCUACAUUUUCUUGAAUGCUUAUGGUGGAUUGCAUGGAGGUGCUGUUGCGGCUGUGGCAGAGAUGGUGUCGAUAGCUUGUGCUAGAACUGUUGUCAGCAAAGAUAAGGACCUUUUUCUUGGAGAACUGAGCAUGUCAUAUCUCUUUGCUGCUCCCCGCAAUGCGGAAGUCAUCGUUGAUGCGUCUGUAGUAAGGAGUGGAAGAAAUGUGACAGCAGUUACAGUUGAGUUCAGACUCGGGGAAUCUGGGGGAGUGGUUUACACUGCAAAGGCUACCUUCUAUAAUAUGCCUGUUGCAAAUAUUUGGUGGUUGUCGGUCCUUAGAACAGCUUGCAUUUGUCUUUCCAACAACUUAUGGUGGCUUUGGGUUCUAAGAACAACUAAUUUAUUUCACGGUCUUGGAUUUUGUGGGUUCUUAAAGUGUGCUAAAUCAGUCUAGCAUUCCCUGAGUUUGCACAUAAUGGAGAUUGUUACCUAGUGAAUCGCUGCCCAACAGCAAUUUAACGAUGGUCUUAUUGUAGCGAAGCAGCCAGCAUCAACUCUCUGGAUUGGAAACUUUUUUUUUUUCCUUCUCAUAAUGAAACAUUAGUCAAAAGUUAUGCAAUUGUCACACUUGAUACUGCAUUAUAUGCAUGAACAUACAUCGUUCGCAACAAACUUGCAGUCAAACCUCCAUUGUGUGUGCUCAAUGGGUAGUCACCUCUUUGCAAUAUCAGCCUUUUAUCUUUCUGUGUAACCCUCUUCUUCCAACGACCGUCAUCGGAUUUUACACAAAACUGUCCUGAGAAGUAAGAGGCAGGGAAUGAGUGACAAGAGAAACCUGAGGAGAAUAAAUUCUAAGUGUGCCAUAGAAUAAGAUUUCAUGCAACAUCAGGUUACCGUCCUGUUAACAUUUAAGCAGUUUAUGUCCUAGUUAAGCAAUGUCAGGCAGAAGGCACCAACUUUUACACCUGUUAAUCUAAUUGGUUGAUGUGAGUUUGUGUUGGGUGUUAGCGUGUUCAUG